ACCAAGGAACCCUUCAAAUCAAACAUUUGAAAUAGUUAAUUUCUUAAUUUUAUUCACGCAUUAAAUCUUUAAGUGAAGUAGGAAAAUGUUGCAUUCUAAGGCAACUGCAGCGCUGAUGCGUUUGAAAGAAAUCGAUAAAAAAUAUAAAAUGAGAAAAGAGGAAAAGUACACGAUGAACUCGAGUACGGAAAGUGCAUUGACAAGUCCAUCGAUGGAACAUUCUAUAAAAGAGAAAAAAAAAUCGAAUAAUCUUAAAAUUCCUUUAAAAUCUAAACUCGACGUGAGAAUGCCAAAGACACAUGUAGAAACAGAAGAUAUAGAAGAAGAAUAUGUAUCACGAUCUACAACAAAUGAUAAAGUUUCUUCGAUUAUUGUGAUUGACGUAGAAAAAAAUUCGCCAAAAAACAUAGACCAAGAAUUUUCUAAUAACACAUCUUCAUUGAUCGAAACCAAUGAGAUUAUUUCAACGAAAUCUGAAGAAAAAGUAGUUUCUAAUAGUGAUAAAAACGAAAGUAUUGAAAUCGAAGAAAAUAAAGAAGAAGUGUCAGAAAAAGAAAUUAAAAUGGAUAAUGAAGAUAAAGAGAUUAUUGUUGAAGUUUCACAAGUUGAUAGGGAAUACAGUACUUCGAAAAUUUUAUCAGAAAUAGAAGAAUUUGAGUCAUUGCCUGUUGAGCAAGCAGUAAGCUAUGUCAAUGAUACUUUCGAAGAAGCAACGAGUACGAUAUUAUCAACGAUGAAGUCUAACGAUGAUCAGGUAUCCACGAAUGAGUUGUCUAAUUCAGAGGACGAGGAAGAGAAAAUUGUAGAUGAGGAUAUGAGAUUUGGCGUGAAGAAAGUUGAUAUUAUAUCUAACAAGGAUUUUAUACGUGAACAACAGGAAACAGAUAAUUCAGGUGAAAAACAGAUCGUCGAGUUGGUACCACCGAAGUUAAUAGAAAAUACCAGUGAAUGCGAAAUCGGUCUUAACAAAGAAUUAUCGAAUUACGUUAAAACGAUCGAAAGUAUCGAAGGAGACAUAAGCGACAUUACUCCUGUUCAAUUAUUGAGAUCGUCGAAACAAACGGAGAUAUCUCUGCGAAGUCGUAGAAAAAAAUAUAAACGUCGUCCAAUAACAACGAAGGAUGAUAACAAAGAUUCUUCUAAGAGUGAUAAGACAGAAUCGUUAGCUACAUCAAAGAGUAAUCGUCGAUCUCUAAACUUGACGUUGAUAAAUGAUAUUAAAAAAAUAGAUAAUCCUUUAGAUGACAAACCGAUUCUUCAUGAAAAUAAAGAACAACGAAAUGUCGAUGAUAAAAGGAAGAAAUUAUCUGAUAAAGAUAAAGAUUCUAACAUUAUAAGGAUCUUUUCUAAUAAUGAUCGUUUUCAUCCAAUGGAUAAUAAUCUACGAUCUAUGCAGACCAAACGAAAAAAGAAAAGGACGAAAUCACACACUUUUCAUAGAUCUUCAAGAAUCGAUAAAACAACAGAUUUUAACGAAAAGAAAUUCUCUAGAUUCGACAUCAAACAAAUGUGUCGUCUUCGAAAACAAAUAUCGAAACUUGUUGGUGAACUUCGUUUUUACGAUAAUCCUUCUUCUAAGAAAUUAGAUCCAGUUUUGUUCAAACCUCUCGAUUUUCCAAAUAUUAUCAACUAUACUCGUCCUGAUACGAAUUUUGAAUUAACGAAAAUAGAUCCUUACGUCGGACUUCACGAGAAACUUGCUACGAUAAAACAAUGGCUCAAAGAUCAAUACAUUUUCUAUCAAGUUCGUAGUAACUUAGUACAGAUAAUUAACGAGAAAUACGUUCCUAUGAGUCUUGAAGAUGCAAAGACAGUAAUACGUCAAUUACAAAAAACAAAAGUCGAAGCGAGAUAACGAUUAUCGUGACAAAAUAUUUAUGUAGCUCAAGAGAAAGACUUAAUGAUUCAUAAAUAUGAUUUACGUUUCCUUAGUGAGAGAAUUAAUUUUUUUAUUUUCUUAUGGAGUGUCUAUAUAUAUAUAUAUAUUUUUUUUUUUAAUCUAUACAUUAUAAUCAUUAUGUUUUACUGACAGAUAAUAAAAUAUCAUUGAGUAUAAAAAAAAAAAAAAACAGAUUUUACUAUAAAAUUUAAUAUCAUAGUAUAAAGUAUAUCGUCACGUAUAUCAACUUUAUACGACUAGAUGUAAAAAUUUAUGCCUUUUGAUGAGCUUCGAUCAAUGAGAGUCUACCUUUGCUAGAAUUCAUCGG